GCCGGAGGUCAUGCAUAAUUCAUGAGCGACUGCUGACACAGGCGUCGUAGAAAAGUUGAGUUUACAAACUUUGGGACAGGAGCGGAGUCCGGGCAGGAGCAACAAGAGCUAUCGAACUGGCCGGAGCGAAGGGAAAGUAGCUACAUUUCAAUUUACUUUUCUCAAGUAGGGACACAUUUUAUUGUUCUCUAUCUUACUCUUAUAGAAUAGUUUUAUUGCGAGUUAGACUGCAGAAAGGUGAACUAUUUUUGUCCACACAGAGGGUUCAUAAAAGUUUGCCUGAGAGUAGCCUAGGCCUACUUCAGAAGGCUCAACUUUAAAUCGUUUUUAUAUUUUCUGUAUUGCUCUAACUUUUACACUAAGACAAAAUGAGCAACCCACUUCAGCCAAUGCCAGGACAACAAGUUAUCCAUGUCGCGCAGGACUCGGAUACGGAUCUCGAGGCGCUUUUUAAUUCGGUUAUGAACCCGAAACCCAGUUCAUGGAGGAAAAAAAUGUUACCCGACUCUUUUUUCAAGGAGCCAGAUUCUGGAUCUCACUCCCGACAGUCGAGCACUGAUUCGGGCAGUCACCCGCCCAGGCUCACCGUACAACACGUACGGUCACAUUCCUCGCCCGCUACUUUACAGAUUGGAUUGGGAGCCAACCCAACUCCAAGCCCGGUACAUCACUCGCACAUCCGCCACCAGUCUUUCGAUGUUGCCGAAGAGUUGCCCCUGCCCCCUGGAUGGGAGAUGGCCUACACGUCCAACGGACAGAAGUAUUUUCUCAAUCACGUGGAGAAGAUCACCACUUGGCACGACCCUCGGAAGACCAUGACGACAGCCAUGAACCAGAUGAGUCUCCACGCCCCCCCACCCUCUGCCAGCCCACAGCAACGCAACAUGGCCCUGUCCCAGCCCAACCUUGGGGAGCUGUCUGAUGACUGGGAGCAGGCUGAAAAUCCUCAGGGAGAAAUCUACUUCAUUGACCACAAAACACAACGAAUGUCCUGGCUCGACCCGCGUGUGGACGCUCGCCUCAUGAUGUCCCAACACCACCACCAGCAGCACCUGCAACACACCCAGCAGCAGCCCCAACAGGCCCAGGCCUUGGGUUCGCCUGGCUCCCUCCCCCAGCAGCAGAGCUCUCAGGCUGGGAUGAUGAGUCUGUCCAGCCCCCUGGGCGUGGUUGUCAGUGCCCAGCAGAAGAUAAGGCUGCAGCGCAUCCAGCUGGAGAGAGAGAGGAUCCAGAGACGCCAGGAGGAGCUCAUGAGACAGGAGGUGGCACUGUGUAGACAGCUCCCUGUGGACUCUGAAAGCAUGGCACCAGCGCCCACUCCCGGUGGCAACCCUGCCCAGCCCAUGACCCAGGGCAACAUGCCCACCAACGGAUCUGACCCCUUCCUGAACAGUGGUCACUUCCAGCAUUCCCGGGAGCAGAGCACAGACAGUGGCCUGGGGCUGGGCUGUUACAGCAUCCCCACCACCCCAGAGGACUUCCUUAAUAACAUGGAGGAGAUGGACACAGGUGAGAGCAUGGCCCAGGCGGGCAGUAUGAACGUGUCCCAGCACAGCAGCUUCCCAGACUUCCUCGACUCCCUGCCAGGGACCAACGUGGACCUGGGAACCCUGGAGGGAGCGGACCUCAUCCCCAUUCUUAACGAUGUGGAGUCAGUCCUCAACAAGAGCGAGCCCUUCCUCACCUGGCUGUAAACACGCACACACAUCUUCUACAAACAUACACAUGUACACACACACACACACACACACACACACACACACACACACACACACACACACACACACACACACACAUGUACAACCCUAAACACACAGACCAACACACACACGCCCAACAAACAGGACGAAAGACUCCACGUAUCUAAAGACUCUGUCUGUGCUGCCUUUUAGCGACCUAUUCAAAUCAGCUUGAUUUAUUUUUCACGUGUCCAGUAAUAUUACCCUCUGUGUGCCCGACCGCCUAUCAGUCUGAUUCAGUUCAGGUUAAAGAUAUAUAAAGAGUAUUAACCAAAGCCUUGAGAGAACAAAAUCAAAUCAAAUCAUGACACGUAUUAAAGUGAAUACUGUAUGGUAA